CUGAUCAGAGCCACGUCGAAAAAAAAAGUGCGUCCACAAGGGUUCCAAGCCUCACAUUGUGUUGACGUCGACUCAGAUGUCCAUCGAAGAGAUUGUCGACGAGCAUGACCACGAGCAUGGCCAUGAUCACGACCACGACCAUGACCACGACCACGACCACGAAGAAGACCCCACUUCUGCUGCCGCCUUGGACAAAAUCCAAUCUCGAGCGGAACGCAAGGCCCGCAAGGCACUUCUUGGUCUUGGAUUAAAACGCGUACCCAACAUCACUCGCGUCACCCUCCGUCGCCCCAAAAACGUUUUGUUUGUCAUUGCUAGCCCCGAUGUCUACAAGGCCUCCAACAGUGACUGCUACAUUGUCUUCGGAGAAGCCAAAAUCGAGGACAUGAGCUCUCAGGCCGGUCUCGGUGCUGCUCAACAGCCCUACUCGGGUGGAAAUGCAACGGGAAUCCAGCAGACUCCCGCUGAGGAUGACGAUGAUGACGAUGAAGUGCCAGAGUUGGAGGCCGCAGAUGAUGAUGGAACCAUCGAUGAAACCGGCGUAGAAGCCAAGGACAUCGAGCUGGUUAUGGCUCAAGUCAACUGUUCGCGUGCAAAGGCAGUCAGGGCAUUAAAAGAGAACGGCGGCGAUCUGAUCAGUGCUAUCAUGGCUGCCAGUGAGUAG